UCCAGAAGAAGAAGAAGAGUGAAGGUUACAGUCAUGGCGGCUGCUGUGGUUCGUGGGAUCGGUUCAAAUUUGUCGAAAAAUCUGCGCGAGAUCCGCUUGCAUUUAUGCCAGACAUCAGCUGCUAGUCAGGGAGCCAGGGAUUUUAUUGAGCAGCAUUAUGUGCAGUUGAAGAAGGCAAAUCCUGAUUUUCCAGUCCUCAUUCGGGAGUGCUCUGGAGUCCAGCCCAAACUGUGGGCACGAUAUGGCUUUGGUAAAGAACACUGCGUUCCACUGGACAACAUGAACGUGGACCAAGUGACCAAAACUCUAGAGACAUUAAUAAACACCAAGCCCUGAGUAAACCUCUUGGGAAAUGUAAAAUGAUCUUGUAAAAUGAAAUGUAAAAUGAUCAUGUUAUUUGUUUCCUCAGAUUAAGAAAUAAACGUAUAUCCUCAAAGAACUGAAA